AUGGACGGGGACGAGAGUGGAUGGGAGAUGUCGGACAAUGAGGUAUACAAAGGCGACGACACUUUGGCCUCGUCACAUUGCACCACAGCAUCCGGAAGAUCAAAUUUCCUUGAGGUGCCCGGCAACGGCAUGACGUCGUCCUCGAAUUACUCCACAGCUCCUCGGAGGCCAAAGACGCGUCAUUCAGCAAUAUCGCCAACAGGCCAUGCCGACGUCCAACCAUCAAUUGACAGCCAUAGCCCUUUAAAUAGUGAAUUUGAAUCAACAAAUAUUCACCCGGAGCGUGUGAUAUUCAAUGGAUAUCUCUUGUAUCUCAGAAACAAGAAAUGGGUUCGGCAGUGGAAAAAGUUUUGGGUUGUUCUUCGGGUGGGCAAACUAGCAUUCUAUAAGAAUGAACAGGAGUAUUCGGCAAUUAAGAUAAUUUCCAUUGACGAGGUGAUCGAUGCCGCCGAUAUCGACCCGAUUUCCCGAUCCAAAGUGUUCUGCUUCCAAAUUAUCACCGAAGACACUAGGUAUAGGUUUUGCGCCCUCGACGAAGCUGCCCUUGGGAAAUGGCUCGGCUCGUUGAAAUUUGUGUUGACAAGAGCUCUCGGAGCGCCGCGCUGUCAACCCUCUAGUUCAGAUGUUCCAGACUCUUCCCUGGAAAUGCGAUGA